GUUGGUGAAAAACGGUUGACGGCUUAUAAUUUAGUUCGACAUUUGAUAUCCCGAAAACUGGAAGAAUGGAAAGCUUGAAGCCCAAGAGCAAGCGCAGACGCCUAUCUGAGCCAGUCGAGCCUUUUGACAUGGCCCCAAUGCCUGUAGAAGAUCCAGAGAUAAGAGGAAACUUACAAUCAGAAACCUCUUCUGAACUCCAUUCGUCCUGUGCCUCGGUCUUAGAACCGCCACCCGACAAGCGGGAAGAUGACCCCAUCUUUCCACCCAAAAUGCCAGUUGGCAAGAACUAUGUGGAUUUCUGCGAUCCCGAUCUACCGUCUACAUCGGGUAAUUGGAAGAAAUAUAUGCGGCAGUCGAAUGCGGAGAAGUCAAAAUCUCCACCCUCAAGGGCAACGGAAUGCCUGAUGUCCGAGGCAUCUUCCUCGAAAGUAGAUGAAGAAAAUAGUGCUGGGGAAUGGCCAUUCGACUGGGAUGUAUCCGAUGGUACCCCGCUGCGUAUCAUUGAUUUCGAUGAUCUCACCACCUCUUUUGCUAACAUGACUAUUGGUACUGGAGAACAGGAGGACCUGGAUAAUUGUAUUGAAUCGGAGAGGCUCUUCGAGGAGUAUCCAAAGAAUCAUGGCCUCCUUAAAAAAUGCCGUUCAAUAUGACCUGUAUUUAAUUUGAAUAUUUAAGUUGAACAAUAUAUUCG